UUGAGACCAGUAAGCUUAUAAGAACAGAAUUGGAUGAAUUAGGUGUUCAAUAUAAACAUCCAGUUGCAGUGACAGGUGUUAUUGGUUACAUAGGAACUGGUCUUCCUCCUUUUGUCGCUCUUAGAGCUGACAUGGAUGCUCUUCUCAUGCAGGAAUUGGUGGAGUGGGAGCAUAAGAGUAAAGUGCCUGGAAAGAUGCAUGCAUGUGGCCAUGAUGCUCAUGUUGCUAUGCUUCUUGGUGCUGCUAAGAUCCUCAAGGAACAUGAAAAACAGUUAUAGGAACUUAACUUCCAGCGGUUUAAUUGGAACUAUAGCUUCUGGGAUAUCCAAUCUGAAGUCAAUAGAAUAUUUGGAUUUGUCAAAUAACAAUUUGACUGGAGCUGUGCCUGAUUUCCUAUCUCAGCCGCGCUUCUUGAGAGUUCUAAACCUUGAAGGAAAUCAGUUAUCAGGAGCAAUUCCAAUACAACUCCUUGUGCGUUCAGAGAAUAGUACACUCCAAUUCAAUUUUGGUGGAAAUCAAGAUCUUUGCUCCUCAGGUUCAUGCAACAAAAGGAAUGGGAAUAAGGUUGUAGUUCCAUUGGUAACAUCAAUUGGUGGAGCUUUCCUGAUAUUAGCAGUAGCAGCGAUUUCUUUUCGCAUUUACAACAAGAGGCACCAUGUUUCCCAUAAGGUGAUCAAGCUGGGUGCUAAUUCAAGAAUAAAGCAGGAACUAGAGUCGAAGAAACAAGAAUUCACCUAUGAAGAAGUAUUAAGAAUUACCAGAAACUUUGAGAAGGUUAUAGGGAAAGGAGCAUCUGGAACAGUCUACCAUGGCUGGAUUGAUCAUAAUACACUGUCAAAAUGCUAUCUUCCUUAUCUGCUCAAGGAUUUCUGCAAUUUCAAGCAGAGGCCAAAUUUUUUGCUACAGUUCAUCAUAAAUACUUGACCAGUCUUAUAGGUUACUGUGAUGAUGGUACCAACAUGGCUCUCAUCUAUUAUGAGUAUAUGGCUAAUGGAGACUUAGCCAACCAUUUAUCAGAUAAAAACGAAAAUAUAUUGAAUUGGAAUCAAAGACUUCAAAUUGCAGUGGAUACUACAGUAGGAUUGGAGUAUCUGCAUCAUGGUUGCAAUCCGCCAAUUGUUCAUAGAGAUGUUAAGUCUAAAAACAUCUUACUAAAUGAUAAAUUACAAGGUAAAUUAGCUGAUUUUGGAUUGUCCAAGAUCUUUCCUAAUGAAGGUGAAACUCAUCUCUCCAUAGUUAUUGCUGGCACGCCAGGAUACCUCGACCCUGAGCAAGUUAAUACUACUCCGUCCUUAAAGAUAUGUUUCUCUUUUUCACUUUCGGUUUGUAUAUAGAUUAAGUUUGCAGGUACAAUAGAUUAAGCAGGUUGAGAGAAAAAAGUGAUGUAUUCAGUUUUGGAGUAGUUUUGCUGGAGAUAAUUACAGGACAACCUGCCAUAACCAAAACCGAAAACAAAAUCCAUAUUGUUCAAUUGGUUGGUGACAUGCAGCUGGAAAGAGAGGUAAAAGAUACUUUGAUACUAACUAUGCAACUAAAACUUUGGAUACUGCAAUGGCUUGUGUAGCACAAUCUUCCAUCAAUAGACCAACCAUGAGGCAUGUAGUUAUGGAACUGAAACAAUGUUUGGAAAACAAGAUCACUUAUCCGUCUGACUCUAGAUACACUUACGAGAGUUUUCCUGGUACAUUAUAUUCUGUCUCCUUUGAUAGAAUUAGUGGUGAAAGCUCUAUAGCGAGGUAGUAAUUUUAUUAAAACUAGAAUGAGAUUCGCGCGUUGCAUGGGUGAAAGAAUUUUUGUAUGUUAUUAUAUAUUCAAAAGCGGUCUAAUAUGCACUGUA